AUGAACGAAAAUUUAUUUGCCUCUUUCAUUACCCCAACAAUCGUAGGAAUCCCCAUCGUUAUUCUCAUUAUUAUAACCCCUAGCAUUAUUUUCCCUUCCCCUACUCGUCUAAUCAAUAAUCGAUUAACUUCCCUACAACAAUGAUUAGUUCAAUUAAUCCUAAAACAACUUAUAUCAAUCCACAAUACAAAAGGACGAACUUGAUCCCUCAUGCUAAUCUCACUAAUUCUAUUCAUCGGUUCUACUAAUCUAUUAGGCCUACUACCCCACUCAUUUACCCCUACUACACAACUAUCUAUAAAUUUAGGUAUAGCAAUUCCACUCUGAGCAGCCACAGUCAUCAAAGGUUUCCGACACAAAACAAAAGCAUCUCUAGCCCACUUCUUACCACAAGGAACACCUAUUCCUUUAAUCCCUAUAUUAGUAAUUAUCGAAACCAUUAGCCUAUUUAUUCAACCCAUAGCCUUAGCCGUACGGCUAACUGCCAAUAUUACAGCAGGUCACCUUCUUAUACACUUAAUUGGAGGGGCUACCUUAGUACUCACUUCCAUUAGCCCCGCUACAGCCUCAAUCACAUUCAUUAUCCUUACCCUUUUAACAAUCCUUGAAUUCGCCGUUGCCCUAAUUCAAGCCUAUGUCUUCACUCUACUAGUUAGCCUUUAUCUACAUGAUAAUACCUAA